AUGGCCACUGGCGGGGACAUGGACCUAUCCAGGCUCUCUGCAAGCCAACAGGAGGCUCUGCAGCAAUAUACCGAUGUGACCAGUCAAGAUAUCAAGGAUGCUAUCCCCCUCCUCGAAAGGUCACAAUGGAACGUCCAGAUCGCGAUUGCCAAGUUCUUCGAUGGCGAGGGUCCCGAUCCGCUCGCCGAAGCCCAGGCUGCACAUCUUGAUAUCCCACGCACAACUGCGAGGCAUGAAAAUUUGCAUGAGAGCUUUCUUGAUGAGGAUAGUCGAGCAUACCGGCCAUCACAACGGCCUCGGACAGAGCCUGCCCCACGUGUAGUACCCCAACCCCCAGUGUUGUAUGAGACCCCGUUUUUGGUAUCAGUACUGUUUGCGCCGUUCCGGUUGGGAUUCAAGAUCUUCUCCGGCGUCUUCGGAUUGCUGUUUUACCUCACAGCCUUCCUCCCGCGGCCACUGCGGUUGCGAUUCGUUGCAUCAUCUAUUUCGAAAGGCUUGAGGCAGACCAACGGGCGAAGGGUGACCCUUCCCAAGGAGACGGCGCAGAGAUUCAAACGCGACUUCGAGGAAGAGUACGGGACGCACAGCCUCCCAUUCUUCGAGGGCGGCCAUGCCCAGGCAUUAGAUACUGCCAAGAAGGAUCUCAAGUUCCUCUUGACGGUUUUGCUAUCGCCGGAGCACGAUGACACCGACUCGUUUGUCCGGAACACGCUCUUGUCACCCGAAGUUGUGAGCUUCAUCAAUGACCCAAACAACAAUAUCAUCAUAUGGGGAGGCAAUGUCCUCGAUUCAGAGGCCUACCAGGUGGCCAGGGCGUACAACGGCAUCAAGUUCCCCUUCUCGUGCGUUGUCUGCCUCACUCCGAAGGAGGGCAGCACACGCAUGGGGAUCGUCAAACGCUUGGUUGGUCCCAUGACUCCAGCGUCGUACCUCACCGGUAUUCAGAGUGCCAUCACCAAGUAUGGCCCCGACCUGAACGGUGUCCGCGCAGAGCGAGCGGCGCAGGAGAUGGCUCGCAAUCUCCGGUCUCAACAGGACUCGGCUUAUGAAAGGUCCCUUGCUGCAGACCGGGAAAGGGCCCGACAGAAGCGGGAAGCUGCGGCUGCUGCGGCAGCGGCAGAGAAGCGCGCACGGGAGGAAGCCGAGGCAGCGGCGCGGCAGCAGAGACUACGGCAGGAGUGGAGAGAGUGGCGGGCAACGACCCUUGCGCCUGAACCAGAUGCCGGAGAUAAGGACGUUGUCCGUCUGGCACUCAACAUGCCCGCUUCGUCCGGGGCAGGACGGGUCAUCCGGAGAUUUGCCCGUCAGACCACCAUGGAAGAGCUUUAUGCUUUCGUCGAGUGCCACGAUCUACUUCAAGAGAAAGAUGCCGGCAAAAGAGUGCAGAAGCCCGAAGGCUACGAGCAUAAGUACGGUUUUCGAAUCGCAUCAGUAAUGCCGCGGGAGACGUUUGAGCCGAGUACCUCGACAACUGUUGGGGAGAAGAUGGGCAGGGGAGGCAAUUUCGUGGUUGAAGAGAUCUCCCCAGAUGAUGAGGAUGACGAAUAG